GUGGCCGCGGUGACCGCCCAAUCCUCGACACCCUACACAGACUGGGCCACGGGGAUUGCCUUCCAGUCCUACCAGUCCGCUCGGGACGGCUUUGCCUUCGGCAUUGCGGUUCCCGAGUCUCCCACCGAUGAGUUUAUCGGCCAGCUGGUUUCGCCAAUCACGGGCUGGGCCGGUGUCAGCUUCGGCGGAGGAAUGCUGGACAACCUCCUCCUAACCGCCUGGUCCAACAACGGCGAGAUCGUCCGGGCCUUCCGCAUGGCCGAGUCAUACGCCCUCCCAACCGCCUACACGUCCACCACCCCGGAGCUCACGGCACUGACCUGCGGCACCUCGGUGAACGAAACACACUUCACCCUGACAUUCACAUGCAAGAACUGCCAGACGUGGACGACAUCUUCGAACACGACGGGGGGCUUCGAUCUCACGGGCGAGACCGCCGUGAUGGGGUGGGCGUAUGGGGCCGACGCACCGACGGACCCCGCAGAUCCCGAGAGUGAUAUCACGCAGCACACUUCUUUCGGGCAAUUUGGAAUGCUGCUUUCCAGCGCGAGGAGUGCGGAUUAUGACUCGUGGAAGGAGUGCGCUGCGGAUGGAGACGCA